AUGGCAGCAGGAGAAUCCUCUAUACAAAAGAGCACUGAUUUGGAAGAAAAAGAAAACUCUGAUCCUUCAAAUAAUGGUGUUUACUGUGAAAACGGUGGUGAUGAUGAUCAGUAUGAUGAUGAUGAUGAUGAUGACGAUGUAUACCAGGAAUUUGAGGAGUUUGACUUCUCCCAGCUACCAGACACUAAAAGCAUCGCAUCAGACGAUUCCUUCUAUCCACCUGAUCAGCGAUCUCCCACCCCUGAGGAUCAAGAGCCUCUCACUUUUUUCAUGGCAUGUUGCAGUAACAAUGCAAUCAUAGUCAAAAUCAUGAUAAGACAAGGAGUUACAGAAGAGGAAGUGCGAGAAGUGGAUAAAAACAACAGGACAGGUCUGAUAAUGGCAUGUUACCAAGGCGAUGUGAAUGUGGUCAUUGCCCUUUCACAGUGUCCUUACAUAGAUAUAAACUGGCAAGACAAUGAAGGCAACACAGCUGUCAUGGCAGCUGCACAAGCAGGUCACAUUAUGAUCACCAACUACCUUCUAAACUAUUAUGCUGGGCUGGAUCUUGAACUCAGGAACUGUCACGGCUUCACAGCUAUAAUGAAAGCAGCACUGCAGGGCCGGAUUGACUGUGUUCGAGCGCUCAUGAUGUCAGGGGCAGACAUUGAAGCAAGGGACUAUGGGCGUAAACUGACACCAUUUGAGUGGGCUCUUUUCACGUGUCACUAUGGUACAGCACGGAUGAUGCAGCAGCUUGUGGCACAGCCAUGUGCAGAACAGUUCUGCAACUCGUUCCGCAUGGAGUGGCCUAUGCUGCAGCAGCUGGUGGGUCAAGCACAGAAGCCUCUGCCCUGCUGGAGGCGACUGUCAGAAAUCAUUUGCAAUACCUUUACCCUCAGAAGGAGGUUUAAGCCUCAGGAGGAGGGGGUUCUGGACUACAUGGUGCGCAUGACUACAGCACUGGCCAGCCCGCUUGUGGCCACCGCCUGCAGCACAGUUUGCCCAGACAGCCCACCAUGCGUUGGCAAACGUCGGCCAGCUGUACCGGAUAUCCUCAAGUACGACGAGCAGCAGCCUGACAAGCUCAAAAGUCUUGGCCAUGAUCGCAUUGAACACUACAAGUACCUCUUCCAAAAUUGCCAUAUGCCACUGCCGUGCACGAAGCAGAAGUGGUGUGCCAGCCUACAGCUACCAGUACUGGCAUUGACUGUGGUGCAGGAAUCUAGUUUGGCACUCCGCAGGAGUAGUCUGCUGCCGUUGUACAUGAUGCGCAGAAGCAGUGUGUGUCCAGGCCUGUUGGCGCCAAAGGUAUGUCUGUGCAAAGCUCCACCUCCAACCUACACACCUGAAAGAAACCAGUGCGGAAGCAAGAAUGCACAGUUUUUGGAGGUGCCCGGGUGGAGGUAUAAGGCUUUGAAUGAGAACACGGCGAAAAAGGAGCAAAACAACAAGCUUAAGUUUCCCAUCAUGUGGAGGAAAUGA